AUGGAGGAAGCGGGCCCACAUCACCAUACGGCGGGACCCCGUCAGGAGAAUGUCAAUCCUCACCAAGCGGAGUCGAGGGGCUCUCAGCAUGGUGACCCUCGAGAGGGUCCCGAACAGGGAGAAGCCCACGAAAGGAGUGUACGUACAACUCAUACAACCAGAAUUCACUCUCAUGGGAAAAGUCAUGUUUCCCAUGCAGAGCGUGAAGGGGAUUUACAACGUGAGAUUGCGGACCUGAAGAGAGAGUUGCGCCGUACGCGGACAGAGCGUUCCCCACCUCGCUCCGAACUAUCGUCGGAGGAGUCGGAUGGAGCUAGUUAUAGGCAGAGAUCCAGAACUCCACCAAGUGAGACUUUUUCCUAUGAGGAGGAACGUCGCCGUCGACGUAGGCGCAGAGCCUCACCUAGCAGGGGCUUGGGUAACGAGGCAAUGAACAAGGCCCUGAGUCAGAUUUCUAAGUCACCCUUUACGAAGAACAUUGAUGAUGCCAUUCAUCCUCGGCGAUUCAAUCAGCCGACUUUCUCUUUGUAUGAUGGCCAUUCAGAUCCGGUCGAGCAUGUAAGCUAUUAUAGCCAGAAGAUGGCUAUUUAUUCGAGGGACGAUGCUUUGAUGUGCAAAGUUUUCUCGUCGAGUUUGGGCCUGACGGCGAUGAAGUGGUUCAACGGCUUAAGAGCCAAUUCUGUGGGAUCCUUUAAAGUGCUGACUCGGGCUUUUGGCGCUCGAUUUAUUACUUGCAGCAGGACUCCUCAGCCGUUGGGAUCUUUGUUGGCCUUGUCCAUGCGCGAGGGGGAGACCCUCAAGAAUUACUCAGAUAGGUAUUGGGAAAUGUUUAAUGAAAUUGAGGGAAAUGAAAUUGAGGGAAAGAACGAUGAUGUGGCUAUAACUACUUUCAAAGCCGGCCUCCCAGCUGACCAUGGUUUGAGGAAGUCCCUGACGGGUAAACCUGUCACCAGCAUCUGUCAACUGAUGGAUAGGAUAGACAAGUACAGGAGGGUAGAGGAGGAUCAACUUCAGGGAAGAGGGAAGGCUAAAGCGAUCCCUCAGGAGAGGAGGGACUUUAGGCCGGACCGUUAUAACAACAACCGACCACGGAAGGACUUUGGUGGGCAGUCGGGCUCGGCGGACGCUCAGGUGGUUAAUGCUGUGUUUCGAGAGCCAGUACAGCAAGUUUUGGAAAAGAUAAAGAAUGAGCCAUUCUUCAAGUGGCCUAACAAGAUGGCGGGAGAGCCCAGGAAACGUAACCCGAACUUGUACUGUCAUUAUCAUCGAGAUCAUGGGCAUACGACAGAUAACUGCAGGAAUCUAUGGGACCACUUGGAGCAACUGGUCCAAGAAGGGAAAUUGAAGCAACUCCUGCAUCAUUCUAGUGCGAGAGCGAGCCAAGCAGGUUUAGAGGGGAGGGGGGACGCCUCAUCGAGACCCCCUCUUGGUACUAUUAACGUUAUCUUUGCGGCUCCAGGAAGGACCGGAUCUUGCCCUUCUAAAGUGUUAUCAGUAUUCCGGCCCCCGGCCGAGGAUCAUCCUCAAGCUUCGAAGAGAGCCAGGGUGCGUGUCCCCUUAGUUUUGGGCUUUUCGGAUGAGGACAUGGCUGGGACCAUACAGCCCCACGAGGAUGCCUUGGUAGUGACGUUGAGGAUUGGAAGGUAUGAUGUCAGAAGGGUGAUGGUCGAUCAAGGUAGCGUUGUGGAUGUAAUGUAUCCAGAUUUGUACAAGGGGCUCGGUUUGAAGCCCGAGAACUUGACUACAUACAACUCUCCUCUGGUAAGUUUUGAGGGAAGGUUGGUUGUUCCUAAAGGACUGAUUCGGUUGCCUGUGCAAGCAGGUACAGACGUGGUGGAGGUGGAUUUUAUUGUUGUGGAUGUUUUCUCCCCGUACACAGCCAUUAUGGGCAGACCUUGGUUACAUACCCUUAAAGCGGUGUCGUCUACGCUGCACCAGAAGGUGAAGUACCCAUCUGGGAACCAAGUGUUGGAGAUAAUAGGGGAUCAGGCGAUGGCUCGGCAAUGUCAGGUAGCGGCUAUACAGCAUCGGCCAGAGGCAGAGGCCUCGGCCACGGCCGACAACGAGUCAUAG